GUCGUGGAUUGGUUCCGGCAGCAAGCUCAGCUGUGUGGAGCGCGCCGGGCCGCGGAGCCGGCGGCCUGAGGGAUGGACGAGACGAGCCCACUAGUGUCCCCCGAGCGGGCCCAACCCCCGGAGUACACCUUCCCCUCCGGCUCGGGUGCUCACUUUCCGCAGGUGCCGGGGGGUGCGAUCCGAGUGGCGUCGGCGGCCGGCCCGGUCCCUUCUCCGCCGGGCUCGCCAGGCCACGACCGGGAGCGGCAGCCGCUGCUGGACCGGGCCCGGGGUGCGGCGGCCCAGAGCCAGACCCAAACCGUGGCGGCGCAGGCCCAAGCCCUGGCCGCCCAGGCCGCGGCGGCGGCGCACGCCGCGCAGGCCCACUGCGAGCGAAACGAUUUUCCCGAGGACCCUGAGUUCGAGGUGGUGGUGCGGCAGGCCGAGGUGGCCAUCGAGCGCGGCAUCUUCCCCGAGCGCAUCUACCAGGGCUCCAGUGGAAGCUACUUCGUCAAGGACUUGCAGGGGAAGAUUAUUGCUGUCUUCAAACCUAAGAAUGAAGAGCCUUAUGGACAACUGAAUCCUAAAUGGACCAAGUGGCUGCAAAAACUAUGCUGUCCCUGCUGUUUUGGCCGUGACUGCCUUGUUCUCAACCAGGGCUAUCUUUCAGAGGCAGGGGCCAGCCUGGUCGAUCAAAAACUGGAACUCAACAUUGUACCUCGUACAAAGGUAGUAUACCUGGCCAGUGAGACCUUCAACUAUAGUGCCAUUGACCGAGUGAAAUCCAGGGGCAAGCGGCUUGCAUUAGAGAAAGUGCCAAAAGUUGGGCAGAGGUUUAACCGCAUCGGGCUGCCACCAAAGGUUGGUUCAUUUCAGAUCUUUGUUGAAGGCUACAAAGAUGCAGACUACUGGCUACGGCGUUUUGAAGCAGAGCCUCUCCCUGAGAACACUAACCGGCAACUACUGCUGCAGUUUGAGCGCUUGGUGGUGUUGGAUUACAUCAUCCGCAACACUGAUCGAGGCAACGACAACUGGCUGAUUAAAUACGACUGUCCCAUGGAUAGUUCUAGUUCUCGGGAUGCAGACUGGGUGGUGGUGAAGGAGCCUGUCAUCAAAGUUGCUGCCAUAGACAAUGGGCUGGCUUUCCCCCUGAAGCAUCCUGACUCAUGGCGGGCAUAUCCUUUUUACUGGGCCUGGUUACCCCAGGCAAAAGUCCCAUUCUCUCAGGAGAUCAAAGAUCUGAUUCUUCCAAAGAUAUCGGACCCUAACUUCAUCAAGGACUUGGAGGAGGACCUAUACGAACUCUUCAAGAAAGAUCCUGGUUUUGACAGGGGACAGUUCCACAAGCAGAUUGCUGUCAUGCGGGGACAGAUCCUAAACCUGUCCCAGGCCCUGAAAGACAACAAGAGUCCCCUGCACCUCGUCCAGAUGCCACCCGUGAUUGUUGAGACGGCCCGUUCCCACCAGCGGUCUGCUAGCGAGUCCUACACACAGAGCUUUCAGAGUCGGAAGCCCUUCUUUUCGUGGUGGUAGCCCGCGAGGCAGACAAAGGCAUAUUGUCUGAGACUUGGCCUGGGAGGAAGCCUGGGGAGUGGAUUGCAGGAAAAGCCUAAGAAGCUGGUGGAGAGCAGUGCCCUUCAGAGCCCUCCCUCUCUGCUCGCACCCUCCCUCAGGGCUUUCCCAAGCACUGGGAGAAACACAAUCAGAGGGACAGUGCGUGCUUAGGGCCCCUCUGAGUGUUGGGGAAGGCUGGAGCUCCAGGCCAGUAGUCCAGAUGCCUGGGAGGAGUACCUCCCUUCUAGCAUCUCCUGAGGGCAGGCUGGGAAAUUCCCUUCCCUCCCUGACACCCUGCUCUGUUGCAAUUCCUCAUUAUAUUCUGCAUCA